AUGGGCAGGGGCUUAAUGAAGCCUCCAUGUUGGCACUCUUACAGUCUGUGUUUUGGGGGUCAGAGACAUGUUCUCCAUUUGAAAGUCAAGAAGCUUUUGCUGUCCAGACACCUCCCAGUGUUCACUUACACAGAUCAAGAUGAAAUAUUAGAAAUGAAGACAAUAAAUAUGGCUUUCCAGAGCGGUGCAAUGGGACAUCUUAUCAGUGGCCAGAAGAUGUCUAUGUGCAGGACAGGAUCCCAUGCAGGGGUUGUUAUAAAAAGAGAUGUAACAGCCAUGAUGAAUAACCAACUGCAGCUAUGCUGCCUAUUGGCACAACAUGACAAGAACAGAAUGCACACGCCACCAAAUGCAGACACAAUCUUCCAGUAUACAUAUUGUGGGAACAGUGUGGUUGAAGAUGGAGAAGACUGUGACUGUGGCUCCUGAAAUCUGUGUACAAAAGAUCCAUGCUGUCAGUCAAACUGUACUCUGAGUCCUGGGGCUACUUGGGCUCUUGGGCUUUGUUGCACAGAUUACAUGGUCAUGCCAUCAGGUGACGUGUGUAGAGAACGGGAAAAUGAAUGUGGCCUUCCCGAGUGGAGAGAUGGGAACACUAAUCAGUGUCCAGAAGGUGUGUAGAUGCAAGAUGGAGCCGAAUGCACAGGUGGUGGUUACUGCAGAGGUGCAGUAUCUAUGAUGAACAGUGUAGAGAAA